GGCGCCAGGGUAGGCGCCGAGAUCCUGAGCAAGCAGCCUCACCUCAGCAGCCUCGAGAUGGACAACAGGAAGCGCCUGGCCUUUGCCAUCAUCCAGUUCCUGCAUGGCCAGCUGCGGCAUGGCGGGCUCUCACCUGAUGCCCAGGAGAGCCUAGAGGUCGCCAUCCAGUGUCUGGAGACCGCCUUUGGGGUGACGGUGGAGGACACUGACCUCGCGCUUCCCCAGACCCUGCCAGAGAUAUUUGAAGCGGCCGCUGCCAGCAAGCAGGAGAUGCCACAGGAGCCGAGGGGCCCUGACAGGACGCCACCCUCUGAGGAGGAUUCCGCUGAGGCAGAGCGUCUCAAAACCGAAGGUAACGAGCAGAUGAAGCUGGAGAACUUUGAGGCGGCUGUGCACCUCUAUGGAAAGGCCAUCGAGCUCAACCCCGCCAACGCCGUCUACUUCUGCAACAGAGCCGCAGCCUACAGCAAGCUGGGGAACUACGUGGGGGCCGUGCAGGACUGUGAACGCGCCAUCGGCAUCGACCCGGCCUACAGCAAGGCCUACGGCCGCAUGGGCCUUGCGCUCUCCAGCCUGAACAAGCAUGCAGAGGCCGUGGCUUACUACAAGAAGGCGCUGGAACUGGACCCUGAGAACGACACCUACAAAUCCAACCUCAAGAUUGCGGAGCUGAAGCUGCGGGAGGCGCCCAGUCCCACGGGAGGCGUGGGCAGCUUGGACAUCGCCGGCCUGCUGAAUAAUCCGCACUUCAUCACCAUGGCUUCCAGUUUAAUGAACAGUCCCCAGCUGCAGCAGCUGAUGUCAGGCAUGAUCUCUGGCGGCCACAACCCCCUGGGCACCCCGGGCAGCAGCUCCUCGCAGAGUGACUUGGCCAGCCUCAUCCAGGCGGGCCAGCAAUUCGCACAGCAGAUGCAGCAGCAGAACCCCGAGUUCGUGGAGCAGAUCCGGAGCCAGGUGGUGCGCAGCCGGACACCCAGUGCCAGCCACGAGGAACAGCAGGAGUGACGCUCCUCUGUGUGGUGAUCCCGUCGCGCCUCGGCCUCCUGGAGUUUUAGCGUUUUCCACGUCGGGCUGCCCAAGAGAGACUGGACCUGCAUGUUAAGACGGACUUGUCCCCCGUUUCCCUUCACCCCACUUCUGUUUUUGUAUUCCUGCCCCCCACGCCUUCCUGGAAGAGAGUCAGCCAGAGAGCUACACACCAGCACCCAUUGCUCCAGCACCUAGGGAGGCUGCGUGGUGGGGGACGGGGACCCCACCCUGCCCGGUUUAAAGGGACUUGAAUGGUUGGCUCUCGGCCCCCUAGGAAGCGUCCACUGCCAGCCCCAGCCGGGUGCCAGCCUUCUGCGCCCACACGUGGGCUGCAGGUCCCAGCAGGUGCCCCUGCUUGCCUUAUCCCGGUGACCUAUGCCCACAGGGGAGGCCUGUGACUGGUGCCUCGCUUGUGGACUGUCCGUGUCUCCUCCCCCCGGCUUCCCUCGUCUCCACAUCUGUCAGCCAGUCCUAAUUUUGUGUCCAGUCCGGCUCCGUCCUUAGCCUGGGCAGAAGACGCAGACAUCCUGGCCCGUCUGACCCUCUGUCCUCGAUCUCAAGGGAAUUCAACGUCUCUGGGUUUCGCAGGCAGUUUUGGGGUGUCGGCCCCCAGGCCAGGCCAUGUUCUCAGCCCUGAAAUAGCCACCAGAACCAUUUUUGUUGCGGGGCAGUUUGUCAGUGAGGGAGACCGUAGGAUAUCCCCACAUCCGCCCUCAGCCCUGGGAGUGGGAGGCCAGGUCGCAGGGCCGCUGGACCAGCGGGGUCAUGAUGGUCAGGCUGUGUGGCAGGUAGUGCCAGCUGUGAGUUGUAGGUAGCCAGUAGGAAGAUGGGCCCCGCGGCCAGCGCUGUCCACUUGUAGGGCACAGCAGUGCCCACGUGGGCACAGAACACCUGGGUAAUAAAGAGACAAGGAUGA